AUGAGUGACGAUUUACGGUAUUUCUAUUCGAUUGAAGCAAGCACUUCACACGAAAGCGCAUUCGAUGAACGCACACCUUCCGAGAUUUCUCUUCAGACUGAUGACGGGGAAACAUGUCAUCUCGAGGUUUUCUCAACUACAGAUGCCAUUCGCAUGUUGCUCAACUCGGGUUUGGGUAGCGUCAUUUGUUUCACCGGCAUCACUUUCAACAUGAUCCUCUUGGUGAUGUUCUCUCGACUUUCUUUUCACAACACAAACUACCUCUAUCUCUAUAUUUUAGCCUUUUUCGACAUCAUCGUCGAAGUGUGUUUUAUCAUGAUCUUUUCCGCAGCCACCUAUUACGAAUAUUUCUACAAUUAUGAACUCUACGUCGCUUGGCACAAUUAUAUUAGACUUUUCUCAACAGUAGGACAAGUUCUAAUCAUCGCCUCAUCAGUCUUAAUCGUGUUGGCUUCGUUUGAGCGUUAUAUGUGUUCCUCAUCGAAAUCUCCUGGUUUCGAUCCGCGCACCCGAACACUUCUCAUAUUUUUCGUCAUUUUAUACGCUUUUAUUGUAAAGGGUACAGUUUGGGCGGAACUUCGCCUCAUUCACGCUCCAGAAUGUGCGAAAUUUUCUGAUUGGCACAUCACGCAGAGUUCGCUCGCCGAUCAAAACAGUUUCUACUACACGAUGUGGAUGGUGCACGGGCGGAAUGUCCUCUGCGUUUUCCUCCCAUUCUCGCUGCUUUGUGUGCUCAAUUUUCUUACCUUUCGCAACAUCAAUCGAAAGAGUAAACACUUCGAGGCAAUGCUUUUAGAGGGUCCAACAAUGUUAUUACCACAAGAUGCACAACAAGCUCUUGCGGCAAGAGAUCGAAAAAGGGAUGCCACAUAUACGCUUUUCGCUUUAGUAUCGGUGUACCUUUUUUCCAACCUUAUCAAUACAUGGUUGACUUUUUGGGAGUACAUCGACAAAGAUGGACUCGCCUCGAUUGGAGACGGUUGGCCUUAUAGAUACCUUGCUGAUGUAUCAUCUCUCACGUCAAUCGCAGCAACCGCUUUUCGAUUGCCGAUUUAUUGGGGCUGUAAUCGAGAACUCAAAAUCCAUUUAUCAACCUUUUUCAAUGAUUUCACAAACAAGAAACUCGAAAAAUUUGCUCUGAAACAUGAAGUCAUCGUA